UCAUGUGUCGUACACACAGGCAAGGGGGGUUAUGCUAGUUAUUUCACUAUAUGAAAAAUGGUCACAUGGGAAUAGAGCGUUUGAAUAAAGUCAGGUCUCCCCCCCCCCCAUCCGCCCUCCGUCGUCGUCGUCGUCGUUUUUCCCUUUUGGUUGAUUUGCCAGAAACUUUUUGUUUUGCGCGAGCAGAUCCUCAUAGUUUCCUUUUUUUUUUUAUUGGAUUUUUUCUUUUAGCUUGCUUUUGUUUUCCAUACAAAAAGCUUAGCAACCCAUUGCUGCAUCCCUCUUUUGCCCUACAGAUAGCAUGAGCGCUGUCGCUGUAGCCACCCCAGUUCCCGUGCCUGGGCCUGCGACCGCGGACACUGUGCCUGAACUCACUCCCGUGGUUGUCGAGUCGGCUCCCACGCCUGCUGAACCGGAGGCUCCUGCCGCCGUGCCAGAGGAAACCGCAACUGAAAAGCCUACUGAAAGCCCCGCUGAGGAAACCGUUGCUCCCGAAGAGGCCGCGGUUGUCGUCGAGGAGCAAACAGAAGUAAAGGAACUCUCCAGCGGAUGGCUCAAAAAGCUGAAUCGAUUCAGCAUUCCCCUUUCGAAACGCUUUUACAUCGUCGGAGAGGACAAAGGCAUCUCCCUUGAGCAGCUGGUUCUGGUUCACAAAAAAAAGGUGUCCCGCAACGCUUCUCCCUCUGCGGAUGCAAACAAAUCCUACGCUACCCAGAAUGCUGACCUCUUCAGCGACUUGGCUAUGGCCACUGUCUCGUUGAAAGGCUUCAUCUUGGCCUACAGGUCCGAGAAUGCUGCAGAACAAACCCAGCCUGUCGCUCUCAUCAACCUUCGCAACUUGGUAAGCGUUACCCCGGGAACUGGUGCCAAUUUUUCUGUACGUCUCGCCCGCCCGCAGCGUACAUACACCUUUGCCGCCGCGUCACCCGCCGAAGCUCAGUCCUGGGUUAAGACGCUUGAAAAUAUCAAAAAGAGCACUGACGAUUUGCCCAAAAUGGAGGAAAGUGAAGAAUUCAAAGCAGCGUUAAACAGUUUGGAAUCUCGCAAGGCCUUCAGUACCUCCAAGCCAAAGGCAGUGGAAGGCAUUUUGUCUGACAGCGACGCACCUCUGACGGAAGAGGACCCUGAAGUGCCUAACCCUGCUGCUGAAAGUUCAAAGAAGAAAAGAUUCUCAUUGUUUGCACGCGCGGCCCCAGUAACAACCUCUGAGGAAGCGGUGGCCCAAAUUGCACCGGUUGCCGAAGCUCAGGAGGAAAUUCCUGCGGUACAGACAACCGAAACUCCCGUUGCAGAAUCUGAGCCAGAGCCUACAAAAGUGGAGAAGGAAAAGGAAUUGCCUGAGCAACCAGCGCCCAAGACUGAGACCAAUAAGCCUACUACGCCCAAGAAGGAAGGUUUCUUGGCCAGUCUAUCAAGCUUAGCAAAGAAAAAAACUCGCAAGGACUCGGCUCCGAGCCAAGCGGAGGAUUCAAAGGCUGCUGCCGCAGCUGAACCGUCCAUCGCCGCCGUGGACAUUGUCGCAGAGGUAGCGUCGGAGACUCCAGCUGUUGAGGCCGCUUCAGCGCCGAGCAAGGAAGUCCCGGUUGAAGGCGCUACCGCGGUUGAGGAAAUACCGGCCGAAGCCAAAGCUGAAGAGGUGAAGGAAGAGGUCGUUGUCGUGGAGACGGUUCCAGAAGUGGUGGAGAAGGAAUUGCCAGUAGAGGCAGGGAAGGCAGAGCCUGUGGAGGAGAAGCCGGAAGAGGUUGCGCUCGAGAGUCCUGUAGCUGCAGUUGCCGAGGCGCCGGCGACCGAGGAGAGCAAGGAAUCCGUGGCGGAACCAGCUGAACCCGCAACGCAACCAGCUUCUCCCAGCGCCAAGAAGCACUUCUUUACAGAUUUCCACACUUUGUUCCGGAAGGGCACAAAGUCUGCUGCGACGCCAAAGGCCGACGAAGCACCGGUAGCGGUACCUCAGCCGGAAACGGAAAAGGCGGCUGAGGAAGCGUCUCCCUCCAAGGAGGAGACCAAGGAGGAGACCAAGGAGGAGACCAAGGAGGAAACCAAGGAGGAACCCAAGGAAGAAACUGCUACGGCAGAAGCCGUGCAUGGAGAGUCUGCACCAGUUGAAACUGCUAAAGAUGCCGCCGCCCCUGUGAGCCCCACGCCAAAGAUAAAAAAGAGGCUCACCUCAUUCUUUGGCUUCGGCGCCCCUAAAAAGGAAGCUAGCAAGAGUGACAUUCCCGAAGCACCUAAAGAAACAGUGAUCCCGGAGGAAACAGCAGACGCUCCGAGCGAGCCCAGUGAGGCCGUUCCGGAAGAAGCACCGGCUGUAGUGCCCGAAGCUACCGAGGCCAAAGUUGAUGCCGCUAUCGCAAAGCAGGAGGAGGCGGCCCAAGAAGCCGUUGCCGCCACAGAAGAAGCACAACUUGAAGCUGCUGUGGCUCCAGCUGCAGAAGAAGCCAAGGCCGAAGAAGCAGUUGCCACCGAGAGUUCACCCACCCAGGCCCACAAGGGAUUUUUCGGCAUCGGAAAAAGGCCCAACACUUUGAAAAAGUUGUUCUCUUUCACUAAAAAGGCCCCUGCUCCUGCCGCAACUGAGGAAGUGAAAGCUGAGGAGGGCAGCAAGGAACCGGUUGAAACCGAAGCUGCGGCGACGACAGAAGCACCCGCCAGUGCGGUUGCCGAAGAGAAAACUACUGCCCCCACUCUUGAUGUUCCUGUUACCGAAUCUUCUAUCGUCGAGGCCGUUGAAGCUGCCGCCAAAGCCGUUUCUGAGCCAAGCGCUACUGCAGCAGCUGCUGAGCCAUCAGAGGUGACGCCAGAAGCAAUCAAGUCGCAAUAAUCAGGAAGACUGCGAUCCUAGUGGUGACCAUUUCUAUGCAAUACAAAUAGCCGGAGCAUGUAAUAAUUAGUUUUCGUUAUCUUGUUGUUAAGUAGUUUUCUUUGUUGAUGAUAUCUUGUCGUCCUUUUGCAUGUUAGUGGUAGUUUAUAGCGUAUAUCAUUCACACGUUACGUAGUGUCUCCUAAAAUGGAAGCCUUUGUCUGCAUA